CUAACGGACUAGCAAUUACCUUCCAUUUCCAUGCUUGAAAUCCUGAAGUACCUCGUCGGUUCAGCCGGAGCAAGUGGCUACGGCUCCAAAUCCACCGCCGUAGAGGUCACUCAAUCCUGUCCUCAUCUGUGCUCCGUCACCGCCAUAAUCACAGGAGCGACGUCGGGAAUCGGAGAGGAGACGGCGAGAGUCUUAGCCAAGCGCGGCGCCAGGAUCGUCCUUCCGGCUCGCAACCUCAAAGCCGCCGAGGAAGCAAAGGCGCGCAUCAAAUCGGAAUCGGAAUCGGAAUGUUCCGAUCAUUCACGAAUCACGGUUAUGGAACUCGAUCUUAGCUCUCUGAAUUCCGUCAGGAACUUCGUCUCCAAAUUCGAGUCUUUAAACUUGCCUCUUAAUCUCCUCAUAAACAACGCAGGCAGAUUCUGUUACGAACAUGCGAUUUCAGAAGACGGAAUUGAGAUGACGUUCACUACUAAUUAUCUAGGUCAGUACAUCGGAGAACAAAUUUUAUUUUCAGGUCAUUUUCUGUUGACUAAGCUUUUGCUGAAUAAGAUGAUAGAGACGGCCAAAUUGACAGGAAUCCAAGGCCGAAUAGUGAAUUUGACGUCCAAUAUCCACAGCUGGUUUUCCGGCGACAUAUUCGAGUAUCUCGGCCGGAUAAGCAGGAGCAACAGAGAAUACGACGCGACACGUGCUUACGCGCUCUCGAAGCUCGCCAAUGUCUUGCACACCGUCCAACUUGCUCACAGACUCCAGGAAACAGAGGCAAAUGUUACGGUCAACUGUGUUCAUCCGGGCGUUGUGAGAACCAAAUUGAACAGAGAUCGUGAAGGCUUCGUCACAGAUUUGAUUUUCUACAUGGCGUCCAAAACAAAGUUGUUGAAGACGAUUCCUCAAGGAGCAGCAACGAGUUGUUACGUAGCCACGAAUCGGAACGUUGAGAAUGUGAACGGAAAAUACUUCGCGGAUUGCAACGAACAAGGAAGCUGCGAAUCCAAAUUAGGUACCAAAUCCGCGCCCUUGGCUGCACGCCUAUGGUCCGCCUCUGAACCAUCGUCUCCACUCUUACAGGUAAUUCUACGACUUGAUCAACUCAAUUCAAUGAAUCAAUUGGAUUGAAUUUAGUUUACGAACUUUCAUAUUGAUUUGAACUUUCAAAUCAAUAAUAAAC